UGAAACGUCAUCGCGGUGCAUAUAAUGUCAACUGUCAACGAGCGACCGGACAACCAACAGCAACGCAUUAUAGAUUACUUUACAUAUUUUAUUGUCAGAAAUAGUAUUUUCCAAAAAAAAGAAAUUUUUUUAAUAUUUUCAAUUUGGUUCGGUCGUAGUUUUGAAAGUGCGAUUGAAAUAUUGAAAAAACGAAAAUAAAAACGAAAUUCAUUGCAUUUAAAUUUAUUGAAAAAAGAAUAUUGCGUCGACUUGGAUGUCAUUUUAUGAGAUCUUUGUGUUCUUUCAAGUACUUUUGUGAGUUUCUUCGAUAAAAAAAAAAUUCAGUGAUUAAAACCGUUCGCACCAAACAUAUUCGGCGAUUGAAAUAUUUUACGAUCAAAAUAUUGGCAAACUAUGAGUGUAACGAUGGAUGAACCCGAAAUGGAUGUGGAAUUUUGCUAUUAUUCGGGAUCAGAUGAGGCGGAUGAAGACGAGAAUCAGUCACCCAAAGUAUUGAUCAGUGAUUAUGUCAAUUCGAUACGGAAGGAGCUGGAAAAUGACAUCGAAGUAAAAAAUGAGCCGCUAGAUGAAAAUAAUUUGAAGAAAAUCGAUUGCACACAGUCGGAUAAUGAUUCUUUAGACGACAACUCGAUUACAUCAGAGGACGACACAGAUGAUGAGUCAACGAUGAUGAAACGAGUUGCAGCAGGUCGUCGCAAGAGAGCCGUUGUAUCUGUUCGGAGUUUUCGAAAGAAUAUCCGUAGACUUUCGAGACACAAGCGACUUGGAAAAGAGAAGAAGCAAAAAGCAGAAGAAAAGGAUAAGGAAAUCGAAGAGAACAAUGUUGGAGUUGGAAAAGAGAAAAAUACGAUCCAUGACAUGAAUGGUGAUGUAGAACAAGACAAAACGAGAGAAUUCAAUGUUUUGAACUCAGAGACUACCAAUCAAGAAAAGCAGAGUGAAAUCAAAGAUAACGGCAAUGUCGAACAUCAAGAUGAAAACGAUCUCAAAGACUUGAAUGACGAUGCAGAAGAACUGAAAAGGAUCGAGAACAAAGUUCUGAGAUGCGAGGAAAAGAUAAAUGAGAUCAUAGAUGGCUUAGACGAUGAUGUAAUUAUCAUCGAACAACAAAAAAGUAGUGAAGUCGGUGUCUUAGUUACCGAAAAAAUGCAAAAUGACAUCAAAGAUAAUAACGAUGUCGAAAAUCAGAAAGAAAACGAGAUCAAAGACUUAAAUCGCAAGCUAAGAAAAAGAAGUUGGGCCGAAACCGUGGAUAGUGACAACAAACAAUACAAACUGGACGAGAGUGAAGACUCAGACCAAGAUAUGGAUUCAGCACGAAGACCGAAAACUCGUGCAGCAAAACUAAAGGCAGCUUCUAAAAUAUGUAUCCAAUCAGAGCCAUUUGAAUUGGCGGCGUUGAGAACGAGCCCUAGGAAAACUUUGAAUCGCCCAAAAAGUCCGGCAAUGCCUAAAAAACUAACCAUUGAGCCAAUCGGAGAUUCGAUGACAGCGUAUAAGGAUUCGAUUGGUAACUUAUAUCAAAGAAGGGUUAAAUAUCCCAAUUCCAUAUAUCUAAAGUGCCGAGGAGAAGAUUGCCCGGUUACUUUGAUCUAUAACACAGAAAAUGAAACUGCACGACAAAUCGGUCGACAUUCCAAUCAUCCGACCAGGAAAAAUGACAUUAAACUAAUUGAACUGAGGAAUCUUCUUCGAACUAAAUUAUUCGAUCCAACAUUGAAUCGUAUUGAAAUCCAUAAAAUUUAUCAUGAUUGUGUAGCUGGAUUUAAGGGGAUCCACUUGCCAAAUGGUCAUUAUAAGAAUACCAUUGAAGCCCUACGACAGUAUCGAAGUAAACACAAUGGAAUACAAAAGGCAGAGGAAGAUGAAAAACAAAUUAAUUCAUCAAAUGGUGACCAAGCAACGGAGAAUAACGAGUUGAUUAAAGCAAAAAAGAUCAUACCCAAACCAACCGAAGUAAUGACAUUGCCGGAAUUGAAAAUAAAACCUCAAAGAAAUCCCGGCAAUUCGGCGUUUGAACCAUUGGCAGGUUCCGAAGCGUUGUUCAAAGACGCCAAAUACAAUAUCUACCGAAAAACGACAGCCAAUUCGAGGUUUAUGUAUUUGAAAUGCCAGGGUGAUAGUUGUACUGUUAAUGCCAUUUACAAUAUGAUUGAUAAAACGGUGCGUUUUGUUGGUAAACAUUCGAAACAUCCAACCGAUUCGAAUGAUGUUCUUUUAAUUGAAUUUAAUUCUUUAAUGCGAUCUCGCGCCCUGGACCCAAAGUAUUAUCAUGUGAAAUCACCUGACCUGUACAAUCAGUGUGUCGCUGAAUUCAAAGGAAUUGAAUUGCCCGAAGGUCAUCGAACCCAAUCAAUGAUGGCCAUUAACUACUGUCGCAAACGAAUUCGAGAAAUUCGCAAAAAAGACUCGAACGCAAGUCUUAGUCUGAAUGAAAGCCUCAAAAUGCACGCAAUCAUACCUAAAGCAACGAAAAUUGGACAGCAACCACCGCCUCAAGCACAAAAACUAUUACAGAAGAAACCCCCGAAAACGGUAGCAGAAGAGGAACCGAAAAAAGCAUGUUGCACAUGCAAUUGCGGCUGCCACAAUGCUGACUUGCCAGUCGAGACUUCAGCAAAAAUCAUGAAAAUAUCAUCAAAAUCGUCAGAAGCAGAGAAAAUGGCAAAAAGUCUCUUACAAACACCAAGCAAUGGUCGAUUUAGCAUGCAAGAUUCAUCGAAACGUCAGCAACCGACAAUUUUGUCAUUUCUUACGAAAACAAACAAAAUGAAUAGAUCAGCUCGAGUCUCUGUCUAAAAGCAGUCAUAGUCGAUGACUUAUUGAUUUUAAAUUUCGAUAGCUUUAUGUUUGAUUUUAUUCUUUUUAAUCAUUGUUCCAUUCAUUUUAAUUAGGUUGAAGUUCAAAUCUUCAGUUUUGACACCUUUCAUUUGAACAGUUACACCAUUUUGUUUAGACUGAAAUCAUUUGUUUUUUCAAUAUAUUGAAUUUAAUGCACUAUUUGCAAUACGCGCGAUGCACGAUUUUGAAACUUUCUUUUAAUUUUUUUCAAUGAAAAUAUCAUUCGAUAAGUUUUACGAAGAUACAUUUAAUCACGUAAUAAAGUAAUCAUCCAACGUUUUGUGACAAA